AUGCUCACCAUCCGCUGCGUGAUCCCCUCACUCUACCUGCUCAUCAUCAGCGUGGGCUUACUGGGUAACAUCACCCUCAUGAAGAUCUUCAUCUCAAGCAGUGCCAUGAGGAGUGUGCCCAACAUCUUCAUCUCCAGCCUUGCUGCUGGUGACCUACUGCUGCUGGUGACCUGCGUGCCUGUGGAUGCCUCCCGAUACUUCUCUGAGGAGUGGCUCUUUGGGGAGGUGGGCUGCAAGCUCAUCCCUGUCAUCCAGCUCACCUCCGUUGGUGUCUCUGUCUUCACUCUCACUGCCCUCAGUGCUGACAGGUACAAAGCAAUUGUAAAUCCCAUGGACAUCCAAACAUCUAGUGCAGUGCUAUGGACCUGUGUUAAAGCCGUUGCCAUUUGGAUAAUCUCCAUGCUCCUGGCAGUUCCUGAAGCAGUCUUCUCCGAACUGGCCCACAUCUAUGACAGGGACAAUGCCACUUUCACAGCAUGCAUACCAUACCCCAUGACGAAUGACAUACACCCAAAGAUCCAUUCUGUGCUGAUUUUCUUAGUGUAUUUCCUUAUCCCUCUUUCCAUUAUUAGUAUCUACUACUAUCAUAUUGCAAAGACUUUAAUAAAAAGUGCUCACAACAUCCCUGGAGAAUACAGUGAACAUUCCAAAAGACAGAUGGAAACUCGUAAACGUCUGGCAAAAAUAGUUCUCGUUUUUGUUGGCUUCUUUGCUAUCUGUUGGUUUCCUAACCAUGUGCUAUACAUGUACCGAUCCUUUAAUCACAAUGAGAUUGAUUCGUCGAUAGGACAUAUGGUCAUCACCCUAGUGGCCCGAGUCCUAAGCUUCUGCAACUCUUGUGUCAACCCAUUUGCACUCUAUUUGCUCAGUGAGAGUUUUAGAAGACAUUUCAACAGCCAGCUUUGCUGCGGGAGGAAAUCUCAGCAACAGAGAUCUGCCAGUUACUUGCGCAACUCUUCUGCCAUUCAAAUGACUUCCCUGAAAAGCAAUAACAGGAACACAGUGACUAGCAUGACACUCCUGAAUGGGCACAACUUCAAACAAGAAAUGUCAUUAUGA